AUGCGACAUUAUCACGCAUGCGGCGGUUAUUUUCUGCUAUUAAUCCUUAUGAUAUUAACCAUCGAUCAGGCCAUUCAACAAUCGGAAUUUGAUUAUAAUUAUAAAAAUAUUUAUGGUGAAAAUGUGAAAGCUAAUGAUGAUAAUGAUGAUGAUGGCGAUGGUAACAUUAUUAACGAUGAUAAUAAUCAGAAUAUCGCUCCAUUUCAGUAUUAUGAGGAUUUGGAUAAUACAAAUGAUAAGGCUUACAUUUUAUUGAUCUCAAAACCAAUUGGACAAGUGACAGGGCUUGGAAUUAAUUCGCAAGGAUACCUUUUAGCGUUUCACAGAGCUAAUCGAGUAUGGAAUCAAUGGUCUGAUAAGUCAUUUGAUAAACAUAAUAAAUUCAAUGCAAGUCUUGGGCCAAUAAAAAAUGCCACUAUUUAUAUGAUUGAUCCACAUUCUGGCACUGUUAUGAAAGAAUUUGGCCAAGGCAUUUUUUACAUGCCACACGGACUAACCGUGGAUAGCAAUGAUAACAUUUGGGUGACAGACGUUGGAUCACAUCAGGUAUUCAAGUAUGAUAAAAAUUUCAAAUUGCUGAUGAAAUUGGGUGAACAUUUGAAACCGGGUUCUGAUAAGAAACAUUUUUGUAAACCGACUGAUAUAGCGGUUGCUCGUAACGGACAUUUCUUUGUGGCUGAUGGUUAUUGUAACAAUCGAAUCAUGAAAUUUGAUGAAAAUGGCAAACUGUUAGCAGAAUUUGGUCAUUUCAAUGGUUUUGGUGAAGCAGCAGUCGCUAGUCAAUUCUCGAUACCCCAUUCGAUAGCACUUAUUGAGGAUUUAAACUUGAUUUGCGUGGCGGAUCGUGAGAAUCAACGAAUUCAGUGUUUCAGUGCCGGCAUUGCGGAUGAACAACGAGCUUUACCAACUGGAAUGCUAAUCACUAAAGCGGAAAGUGUUGGUCGAAUUUAUGCCAUUCGUGAAAAAAAACACUAUUUGGUGGGUGUUACCGAAUCAGACGGUGAAGGAAUCGAACCACAAUUAUUUGUGUUGGAUAUGAAUAAUGGAAAAGCGAGCACAUUUGUAAAAGGAAUCGAAAAUGCACAUUGUUUAGCAAUUUCGAAUGACGGUAUCGUUUAUGUUGGCCAAUUGGAACCCAAGCAAAUCGUUCAAAUUUCACUGCUUGAUCAGUAA